AUAAAAAGGACAAAAGUAGGUACGAGUUCAAUGAAAUUUGCAAGUUAAUAUAAAACUAGAGGAAGGGGGUGAAUGACUAAGCUGGUGAAGAAAAGAUAUUUGGGGUAUUGAUUUUGAGGACACACACAGGUAGCUUGUUUCUUUAACGGCUGGAAAAGAAGGCUCCAGAGGAGUAACUCAGAUUUUAUUGGCAGUUCUUCUGAAGACUGAACCAACGUUCCAUUACCGCAAAAUGGUUCAGCUGACAGCUACUCCUCAGAGCGCGCUUGUUGAUGAGCCCGUGCAGAUCCGAGUCACAGGCCUGAGUCCUUUCCAGGUGGUGUGUCUUCAGGCAUCACUGACAGAUGAAAAGCAGACCCUGUUUCGUUCUGAAGCCUACUAUAAGGCCAAUGAAGCUGGUGAGGUCGAUUUGGAGCGUGAUGCUGCGCUUGGAGGUGACUAUGUGGGAGUCCACCCCAUGGGGCUCUUCUGGUCCUUGAAACCUGAAAAACUGUUAACGAGACUGAUGAAAAGAGAUGUGAUGAAUAGUCCGUUCCAGGUCCAAUUACAACUCUUUGAGCCAUAUUUCCCAGUACAAUAUGAAUCUGCCCGUGCUCCAAUGGCCAGCCUGACCGUGGAAAGGUGGUACGUGGCACCUGGUGUCACGCGGAUCCCGGUGAGGGAAGGCCGCCUCCGGGGAGCCCUCUUUCUCCCUCCAGGAGAGGGCCCUUUCCCAGGGGUAAUUGAUUUGUUUGGUGGUACUGGUGGACUGCUUGAAUUCCGGGCUAGUCUGCUGGCCAGUCACGGCUUUGCCUCCUUGGCCUUGGCUUAUUGGCGCUAUGACGACCUGCCUGCCUUUCUGGAGAAAGUGGAUUUAGACUAUUUUGAGGAAGCUGCCAACUUUCUUCUCAGACAUCCUAAGGUCUCCAGCCCAGGCCUUGGGCUAGUCUCUGUAUGUAAAGGAGCAGAGAUUGGACUGUCUAUGGCAAUUCAUCUAAAACAAAUCACAGCCACAGUGCUUAUUAAUGGGGCUAAUUUCAUUAUUAGUAACCCACACAUAUACCAUGGUCGGAUCAUUCAGCCUGCAGUUUGCUCUAUAGAGUAUAAAUCCACCAACGCCUUGGGAUUUGCAGAGUUCUAUCAGGUUUAUACAAAAAGUGAAAUUGAUAUUAGCCAGUCUUUCCUUCCUAUUGAAAAGGCCCAGGGACAUUUCCUCUUCAUUGUGGGGGAAGAAGAUAAGAAUCUCAACAGCAAAGUACAUGCUGAACAAGCCACUGAACAGCUGCGGAGAAAUGGAAAGAACAACUGGACCUUACUGUCUUACCCUGGGGCUGGCCACCUGAUAGAACCCCCCUAUUCUCCACUGUGCCGUGCUUCCAGGAUCCCUUUUGUGGUGCCAACCAUUCACUGGGGAGGAGAAGUUAUCCCACAUGCAGCCGCACAAGAACAUGCUUGGAAGGAGAUCCAGAAAUUUCUCAGAAAGCACCUCAUCCCAGGGGAGACCAGUCAACUAUAAGAAGACUGGAUAUAAUUGGAUAGUGGAGAAGUAAAUCUGUUUCCUGCAUCUUCUCUUGAUUUUCAUGGAAGAAUGACUUUCUUCUGUUAUUAUAAAAAGGAAGUUAUUGUAAGAAAAUAUCAGGAUGGGUGAGAAUCACAAGGUCUUGAUUUAUGAAAAAGAAUAAUGGUUUCCAUUUAGUGAAAUGUAUACUGAGAAUUAUAUAAUAUACAAAUAAAUGUAGAGCCAUUCUUUUCCUGAAAUAUUUAGCAUCCUAGCAGUUCUUAAUUAUAGUGUUAUAGACAGCUAAGGUAGGUAUAAAUAUUAUAGGCAGUCAGAUAGGGCUAGAUCCUUGAAAGAACCAGGAAAAAGGUGAAAAAAACACCACAACUAUGGCUAAAGACGUAUCAAUUGAAAGCCAGGCCACAAGAUAACAAUGAAAGGGCUAGACCUAAAUAUUCCCAAGGGGUGAGAAAAGUGAUAACAAACGGUCUAAUAAAGUAUAAAUAGGCAUCAGUCACUUCAAUGGGCGACCAAGGCCCCCAGAUUUAUCAUCUACCUGAGAGGUUCUUUGUUCUUUUCAGGCCUGCUUGCUAUGUGACUUGCUUCCUCACUGAAUCAGUAUUGCCCAAGUGACUUUACUUAUACUCUUGUUAGUUGAUGUUAGCUGUAGCCCACAUUGUACCCUCAUGGCUGAGCUUCAUAAAAAUUUUCCUAAGAAGUGUGGUGCUGGGCAACCAAAUUUCUGGAUGUCCCUUCCUGUCCCUCUCAGACAGGAGCUUUCUAUUGCUCAACAAAUUCUUCGUACUAUUAGGCACCAUUGUUUCUAGAAUUCAUUCUUCAGUUUUAGAGAGCACAAACUUGGCAUAUCAGAUACCUAACAGGUUGGAAGUUGUAAUAUUUCCUGUAUAUCAAAUUUGGAGGUUCUGAUAUCAUUCCUAGAUUGCUAGCAAUUACAGGGGGGAAAAUUCACCCACAGUCAGUCACAGAAAUGAAUGCUGAUCUUUGUUAAUUUCAUAAAAUUUCAAUUAAAUAAAUGUACUCAUGUUUGAAAUAUG